AUGGUAGAGGUUUAUGAAUUAUUGACUGUGAUAGUUUCACUCAUAGUGGUAAAACUAUUUCAUUCUAUCUAUCAAUGGAGAAAUCCGAAAGCUAAUGGAAAAUUACCUCCGGGGACUAUGGGUUUUCCGAUCAUUGGAGAGACUUUUGAGUUCAUGAAACUCCAUGACGCUCUUCAACUUCCAGCUUUCGUCAAGGAGAGAAUCCUCAGAUAUGGACCAGUUUUUCGGACAAGCUUAUUCGGAGGAAAAGCUAUAAUCUCGAUGGAUAUUGAACUGAAUGUGGAGAUCGCGAAGGCAAAUCAUGUCCCUGGUAUCACGAAGAGCAUAUUACGACUAUUUGGGAAAAACAACUUGUUCAUCCAGAGCAAGGAGUCACAUAGACAUGUCCGGAACUUGACAUUCCAGUUGUUGGGUCCUCAAGGUUUAAAACUGAGAAUGGUAGAAGACGUUGAUCUCUUGGCUCGUACAUACAUGGAGGAAGGAGCUAAGAACGGCUUUCUUGACGUCAAAGAAACUUCAAGCAAGAUCUUAAUUGAAUGCCUUGCAAAGAAAGUUAUGGGUGAAAUGGAACCAGAGGCGGCUAAACAGCUUGCACUAUGUUGGAGAUAUUUUCCAACUGAGUGGUUUCAAUUAUCUUGGAACGUUCCUGGGACUGGUGUCUAUCGCAUGAUGAAGGCAAGGAAGCAAAUGAUGAAGUUAAUAAAGGAGACGGUAUUAAAGAAGAGAGCAUCAGGAGAGGAAUUUGGGGAGUUUUUCAAGAUCAUAUUUGGCGAAACCGAAGGAGGAGUAGAAACUAUGAGCAUAGAGAAUGUGAUCGAAUACAUAUAUACUUUCUUUUUGAUUGCUAACGAAACAACACCAGGAAUCCUUGUGGCUAUAGUAAAGCUCAUAAGUGACCACCCUAAAGUCAUGCAAGAGUUGAAGAGAGAGCAUGAGGGGAUUGUUCAGGGGAAGACUAAUAAGGAGGCUGGCCUAACUUGGGAAGACUAUAAAUCAAUGACUUUCACACAAAUGGUGAUAAGUGAGUCGCUUAGGAUCACAAGCACAGCGCCAACAGUUCUUAGAAUAACUGAUCAUGAUUUCAAGUUUGAAAAGUACGAUGACCCUUUAGAAUUUAAUCCAUGGCGUUGGAAGAAAGAAGACUUGGGCUCAAUUCUCUCCAAGACUUACAUUCCCUUUGGCGCUGGCUCUAGACUAUGUGUAGGAGCUGAGUUCGCUAAGCUUCAGAUGGCCAUUUUUAUCCAUCAUUUGUUUAGAUACAGGUGGUCAAUGAAAAAAGAGACUAAAGUACUUCGAAGGUUUAUGCUUAUGUUUCCAUGUGGAUCUGAUGUUCAAAUCUCAGAAGACACCAAAGUGGAUAACUCUGCUGGUCAUUAG